UUUAGAAUUCGAAAAUUUACCGUCUCGCUUUAGCGCGCGCGAAUAGAAAAUUUUCAGAAAAAAACUUGCGAUCUGCGUUCUAUUCUUUGGCGAUCGAUGGCGAUGAGGUACGAUGAUCAGCAGCAGCUCCAGCUCCAGGUCUUGGAUCGAGAGGACGCCGAUUACGAGGAGGAUUGCUUCGAAUCCAUCGAUAAAUUGAUUUCUCAAGGAAUCAAUGCUGGAGACGUCAAGAAGCUCCAGGAUGCAGGGAUCUAUACUUGCAAUGGCCUGAUGAUGCAUACGAAGAAGAGUCUAACGGGGAUCAAAGGUUUAUCCGAAGCAAAAGUUGAUAAGAUCUGUGAAGCCGCCGAAAAGAUAGUGAGCAGCGGUUACAUCACUGGGAGCGAUCUCAUGCUCAAACGGAAAGCAGUGAUUAAAAUCACCACAGGCAGCAAUGCUCUUGAUGAACUUCUUGGCGGUGGAAUUGAGACACUUCAAAUCACUGAAGCAUUUGGAGAAUUUCGCUCAGGAAAGACCCAGCUGGCUCAUACUCUCUGCGUCUCAACACAGCUUCCAAUCUCUAUGCACGGAGGCAAUGGGAAAGUUGCUUACAUUGAUACCGAAGGAACAUUCCGGCCUGAAAGGAUUGUUCCUAUUGCUGAGCGAUUUGGGAUGGAUGCUAACGCUGUUCUUGACAACAUUAUAUAUGCGCGGGCAUACACAUAUGAACACCAGUACAAUUUGCUGUUAGGACUUGCUGCAAAAAUGUCUGAAGAACCAUUCAGGCUCCUGAUUGUGGACUCGAUCAUUGCUCUAUUCAGAGUGGAUUUCUGCGGAAGGGGAGAACUUGCAGACCGCCAGCAAAAGUUGGCACAAAUGCUUUCUCGCCUGAUAAAAAUCGCAGAGGAAUUCAAUGUUGCAGUCUUCAUGACAAACCAUGUGAUCGCUGAUCCCGGAGGAGGGGUGUUCAUCUCUGAUCCCAAAAAACCCGCUGGCGGGCAUGUGAUGGCGCAUGCCUCUACUGUUCGCCUGAUGCUCAGGAAAGGCAAAGGAGAACAGCGAGUCUGCAAGAUAUUCGAUGCCCCUAACCUUCCUGAGUCUGAAGCAGUUUUUCAGAUAACCCCUGGUGGAAUUGCUGAUGCAAAGGACUGAAACUGGUGCGGGGCGCUCGAAAGCUUACAUGGAAACAGUACAGGUUAAUUUGUAACCCGAUGUUUAGUAUGAAUGUCGGUGCGGAAUUUCCCAUGGAAAAUUAGUUACACGUCUGAGCAUGUGUAUUCGCGUAUAGGUUAAUAGGAUCGCCAAAGGAACUAGUGUUCUGAUUCAAUUUCAUGUUAUAGAUGUGAGCCGACACAAUUUACCUAAAUCUCUUGCAUGCUUGAAGAAAUAGCUUUGUCCUUAA